AUGAAGGCGGACACGGUGAUGCUGAGGACCGUGUUGUCCUCAAGGAGCCCCGCAGCCACAAGAUGGUUCAGUCCACAAACACGAACCAGUCGAGCUUAUGUGGUCAUCCUGGUCUCCUGCUCUGGCCUCGUGACAUUCAUCCUUCUGCUCCUCACCUGUCUGUGCUGUAAGAGAGGAAGCGUCGGCUUUAACGAGUUUGAUAAUGCUGAUGGUGAAGAAUGUUCCAGUCCCGUUCCUGAGGACAGCGUGUCCUCCUGUGUGUCUCUGCCUGAGGUUUACACACUUCCCCUGCGUGACAGAGCAUGCUCAGUUCUGCCUAAUGGCACAGGCUCAGGUACACAGUGUUUUCGCAGACACACUCUCAACUACCUGCAGGAGAUUGGAAAUGGCUGGUUUGGGAAGGUGAUCUUAGCCGAGGUUCUUUGUGACUGCAGCCCCUCUCAGGUGGUGGUUAAAGAGCUGAAGGUCAGCGCCAGUCCUUUGGAGCAGCGCAAGUUCCUGGCCGAGGCCGAGCCUUACAGGAGUCUCCACCACCCCAACAUCCUGCAGUGUUUGGGUCAGUGCAGUGAGAAUAUUCCUUAUCUGCUGGUUAUGGAGUUCUGCCAACUGGGCGACCUCAAGCGCUAUCUGAGAGCUCAGCGGAAGUCGGACGGCAUGACCCCUGAUCUUUUGAAUUGCGACCUGUUGACCCUGCAGCGGAUGGCGUACGAGAUUACGUCAGGUCUUUUGCACCUUCAUGAGAACAACUACAUACACAGUGAUCUGGCACUGAGGAACUGCCUGCUUACCUCAGAUCUGACGGUCCGUAUCGGAGACUACGGCCUCUCACACAACCACUACAAGGAGGACUAUUAUUUAACACCAGAUAAGCUGUGGAUUCCUCUGCGCUGGAUCGCUCCAGAGCUGCUGGAGGAGUUUAGAGGAGAAUUAGUGGUUACAGACCAGACAAAGACCAGCAACGUUUGGUCCUUAGGCGUGGUGAUUUGGGAGCUGUUUGAAUUCGGUGCACAGCCACAUCGCCACUUAAGUGAUGAAGAAGUUCUCACUUUUGUCAUUAAAGAGAGACAGAUUACUUUGGCUCAGCCUCGUCUCAAACUCUCCCAUGCUGACUACUGGUACGAGGUCAUGCAGUCCUGUUGGCUUCCGCCUCCCCAGCGACCAACAGUCAACGAAAUCUUCAUCCUCCUGUCCUCUCUGUUGGCGGCGGAACAAGGAAUGAGCAGGAGGAGUGUGGCAGAGGAUGAGGACGAGGACGAGUACGAGGAAGCACACGGCCGACGGAGGAGAGGAGAAAGCGAAGAGUCUUUUGAAAGGCGAUGGGAUUCGCUUCGUCCCAGCGCUUUCCAGUCAUCUGCCAGCGAAAGACAUAAAGAGAGAUGUUACAGCAGAGAGGACGGUAACUCCUUCCCUCUGUUGGACCCUGUGAAUUCUAUUCCUCCUUCAUCUCAUGAGCUUGACGACAUCCUGACAGUCACUGAGACGAGUAAAGGGUUGAAUUUUGAAUAUUUUUGGGAAAAAGCACACGGUAGGAGGGGUUAUAAACCGCUUCCUCCUCCUCAGCCAAUACCAACGCCCAUCUCCAGUCAUAGGCAGUCUUUGGACACGCCGACAGUCGUGCCUGUGAUUAGUGCACGUAGCCCUUCAUUAGCCAGCGAGUACUACAUUCGCUUGGAGGAACACACUCCGCAGGACAAAUCCACCAAUUUUAAAGGGAAGUCAUCCACAUUACAAAAAGAUUCAACUAGUCCUGGCGAUUUGGAGUUAGUAGAAAUUCCUAGUGGGAUGCUUUGUAAGGGAAAGCCUACUUACCAAAACAACUCUGGACAAGGUUCCUCUCAGACACUCCAGACUGUGAAAUCAAGUGAAGUCCAAGUACUGGUACCAAACACAGGUCUGGUCGAGUUCAGUAAAGAAUGUUGUAACAGAGUGACCGAUUAUGCAGUAGUGGACAUUGGAGAUGUUAAAAGAGACCCAAACCUUAGAAGGUCUGGAUCUGUAACUUCCCAGGUUCCCAUCCUUCCACCAAAACCUCGCUCAAUGUCCAUGUCUUCAGGCAGCAAUCUACUCUCUCGUCCCCUACCUGUUCCUCCACCUAUAUACGCCCACUCAUACGGCCUAAGUCACUACCCUGUACCCUCUUAUCCCGUUAGCAAAUCAGAGACGUCAGAUUCCUUGUUUAUGAGCAGCUGUUCAACCUCAAAAGUAAGCUUCGAUCAUCUGGGUUUCAAUCGGACACACCAAAGGCUGCCUCCAUCUCCGUCACAUUCUCCAUCCAUCCCUCCGUCCUCUGCUGGAAACUCCAAAUUUCCUCCACCGCAGAGUUGCCUUCCACCCCUCCCUCCUUACUACAGACCCCAAAUAGAUCCCUUCAACAGUUAUGCAGGCGAAACAUUCCCAAGACAAAACAAUCCUGCGGUGCACUUAGAAAGAGACCCGUUAAGCUGUGACUAUUCUGAGAAGCAUACUGCUGACAGGAGCACGACGUGUUCCCAGUCAUUGCACAACUCUGCCUACAAGGACGAGUCUCCAGGAGGCAGAGAAUCGCCCUAUUCCAGAAUGUUUCACUCAGAUUCAGUUUCAGAAAUUGAGAGAAAGUCCUCCUCCAGCACAACAUACUCAGAAGAUGACUAUAAUUCCCCCUUUGUAUCUCCAAGUAGACUCAGCAGCGGUACUAUCAUCGAGCACAUCAGCUUGGUUGAUGACCCAGAUCCUGCUACAGUGGAACUGUUCUCCAGAGGAAUGAAACGAACCCAAUCACGGCUUGACACAAUUCUUCCGGCUCUCUGGAAGGAGGAGGAUGCAGAGAUGCACCGUGAGCGUGUCGCAGCCGCUAAGAAGUCACCCAUACACCUGUUCCUGACGGAAAUCUCCAACGAACCGUUGGACGCCAACGUAGGGAAUACCUCAUGGGUCAGGGAUAAUGACAAGAACAAAAGCUUCAAAGGGAUGCGACGUUCCCAGUCCCUCCUGACCGAGCUCGACUCAGCCACAAAUGAGUGGGAUUCCGGUAAAAACACAGAAGAUGAUGGUAUUAAGAAGAGGGAUUUGUUCCUCACUGAGAUUGACACGGCACUCUCAGAUUGUGAAGACGUGUACGAUGGUGACGGGGGCGUCCCGGUAUCCCGCUUCGGGACCACACCGUUUCCCUAUGCUCGUCCUGAAGACUUAUCGACCUAUGCUGAAUCAGAAGAUGCUUUCACACAAGGAAUGAAGACAUCUCAGUCUCUACUAUCUGAGAUAAACCCUGGGAACGUAGAGUCAAAAAACGAAGACUUGAACAGAGAGGAGUUUCUAAAAGAGAUCCAAUCAGCCGAGACAUUUCUCACUGAGAUAAUAACAAGACAACAAAAACAGGAAGAAAGUCCAUCACCUGUAGCAAUAUCACCCGAAUACGAGUCUGUAGGUGUUGACCCAAUGUCCUCACCAACGAUAAAAUUCGAAUCAUUACCUACACCUUUAAGUGACACAAAAGAAGCUAUUUAUGCCCAAGUUACCAAGAGAGCUAAAAGAAGUGAAAUAAAAGUUGCAGUGCGUCCAGAAAUGCCUGUUCUACAAAUAGCAUCAGAACUACAAAGUCUCAAAAAAGCAUCUCCUGAAUUAACGCAGCGAACAGACGGUGAGAUGAUCAACAGUGUAAAGGAAGAACCUAUCCAUAAUGUUAGCGUAGAACUUCCGAGACAGUCAGAAACUAGCCCUAAAAGUAUCUUGACUGAUAAAUAUGAGAGUGUUGGUAAGGGAAUCCAUGUGCAGGAUCCACUGGCGUUCAGAGCAGAAGCAAGAGAUGGUUCAUUUAAAAGUUCAGAACAAAUCCUUGGUAUAAAAGAGUCUAUGUAUGUAGAUAUAGCUGAACCUGCCAGUUUAUUAGAUACCACUGCUUCCAAAGCUAAGCAAGAUUCUGGUCAAGUUAUUCCAAGUUGUAAAAACCAGGACUCUCCUCAGGUCUCCCAAAAGGAUCCAAUGUUUAGUUCCAAUGAGCAAGUUACUUUGACUGAGAUAGAUUUCGGUAUAAGCACCAGACACAAUGCUAAAGAAGCAGACGCUCUAAAAGAGUGCAUCAGUGCAACAGACUCUAUGUUAUCGCUCGGCGAAGCAAGCACCGACGGGUUCCCUCUGUCCUUUACAAGGGAACCAAACUCUGAACAAUCCCUGUCUACUAUUACACCCACGGACUCUACAAUGUCACCUCUUACCUCUAGCUCUAUGGAGUGCCUCACCCCUGGAGACCCAUGGCUUAGUAGUGGAGGCACUGGGUGGAGGAUCUUGGGUACUGAAACCCCCUAUCGAGAUUCUGCCUACUUUUCAGACAGUGACUGGGAUGGUGGGGAAGGUUUGUCCAGACGAGGUUCUGACGGAUUGGUUUCUUCUCGUCCAGGCAGCGGUCGAGCAGGCGAGAGAGGAACGCUGAUGGGAAUUGAAGAAAAGACUGAGGCGGAGGAGGAUGUUCAGGAUGGGAAAGUGGUUAAAAUUUCAUUUGACUUGGGUUCAGUGAAAAGCAUUGCUGAAACGAUCCCCAAACACGGUAUUGACGAUCGCUCGCUUUCAGGUUUUGAAAAAACUGGAAACAAUGCUAUCGAUGAGUUGUUUCGUGCUGUUCAGGAGCCAACGCUAAAAGCGUUCCCUUGCACCGACGCCUCCGAGUUUAAUUUUCAGAUAUCUUCUGUCACCGAAUUAAGUGAAGAACAUGUGGGUCAAAACAUAGAAGUGCUCUCCAAAACAAUAGUACAACCGGUAGAAAAGCUCCACAAGGCAAAUAUCGUUGAAGAAUUUUUUGAAACUCGGGCUUAUAUGAAAACAAAUAUGUAUGAAUCGACAUGCACUUUAGAAGGUGAAGAAAUUCAAACGAGGUCCAGAGACCAUAAGCUGGAGAGACAAGACAGUGAUGCCAAUGAACUAGGCUUGAGAAACCUUACUUUUACUGAAGAAAUGGAAGAACAAGCAAAGGCAAGGUCAGACGCCGAACACCAGUUAACUGAAACCGAACUCUGCCUUUCAGCAAAGAAAUCUCCAAACACAGAACGGGAGCAAGAAGGCCUCAGAGACAUUCCUCAGAAGGAAAGUUUUGACCACUUUGGGGAGGAUGCCUCAAAGAAGCUAAUUGUGAAAUCAGAAACAAUUUGUAAUGCUCUUGAAGAUCCUGUUUCCACAAACAGGUGUCUGAAGGAAGCAGGUAUUUGUUCUCGACUCCAGCAAGACGAUCAUCAAAUCUGGACAGCAGAAAAUGACCAGUGGUCACCAACUGAAAACGACCAGUGGGCAUCACCUGAGAAGAAUCCAUGGGUAUUCACUGAAACUGAUAGUAGAUCACCUGAUAAAAAUGAGCAUUGGCCGUCAGGUGACGAUGACCAUUGGGUAUCGACUGAAAAUGACCAGUGGGCGUCGACCGAAAAUGGCCAAACUGCAUCAGCUAAGAGAGAGGAAAAAGAACUAGCUUCCGAAUUCUUUCCAGGUUUAGGACAAAACAAGUGCACCGAGGACCUGAUAUUUGGCACGAGCCACGAAUUUUGGGAAGUAGAAAAUGAUGAACUAGCAGAGACUGAGCCUCAUCCCACCAUUAUGGAGACACAUGAAAGUAUUUGCACUGAUGAAAAGCAACAACAUCUUGAACAUCAACCGACAUUUACCAGUUGGGCUGUGGAAGCUCUUGAACCUCAACAAAGGAUAGACGUUCACCAGGAAGAAAACAACGAGAACCCUGACGUGGAAAACGGAGAACCAGAACAUGACGACUAUUUAAAGGUAGAAGUAGAUAAUCUGGAGAUCCCAGAGCAAGAGCUUCUCACUCACUGUAAUGUGGUUGGAAGGAGAAGCUCCAGCGAUCGCAAGGUGAACGUCCAAAAUGAGGCAGAAGAUGAAUUUCCAGGAGGUGAAGGAACCCAAAUCUUUAGCAGCCUACAGAACAUUCUUGAUGUAAAGAGUGAGGCUGAAGAAACAAAACAACUACUUGCGGACUCAGGAAUUUCUGAAGGCAUGCAGAAUCAGACCGAACCUCAUACCAAUCACAACAAUAACUGGGUCAUGGAAACCUCUGAAACCGAUGAGGCCCAGGUCACGAAUAACAUCGUCAUUAAACCGCACAUACCUUCCGCAUGCCAGGAAGCAUACUUUAGCAAGGGCCCUAAAACUAAUCACUGCCAAACAACAAACAGGCAGGAUAUAUUUCUUCAAAAAUACAGAUCAGAUUCUCAAUCUUGUCCCGUUCUCGCUGUCAGCGCUGACGCCAAACCUUGCACAAUCCACAGCAGCAAUGUUCAGUGCUGCUCUCCUGCCUUAAUGUCUAUGGAUAUAUCAGACUGUAAUGAUUCCCAGCAUGCAGAAGUGAGCGAUUGCCAAGGCCCAAACAAUUUCCCAAACACGGUGCACCACAUAGAGAUCAAGUCUGGUCCUGCUGAUCAACCCUGGAUGGACAUCACAAACCACGAAGCUCUACUGGUCUUCUCUAACGAGGCCGAUUCCUUUAACCUAUCCACGGGUGAAUGCUCAACCAGCACCCACAGCAAGGGAAUUACUGCAAAUUUGGGACAAAAACCGUCACUGAUCGCUGAAAACCAGGCACAUCUGGUAUGCGAUUCCACAAAUGAUGAUGACAUGAGAAAUAGCAGAUCUCACUCAGUGAUUUCUCAGAGCUCCUUGAACUCCAUCCCGGAAUUGCUCAUCUCAGAGUGGAAGGAUUUGGAGGAGGAACCUUUGGAGGAUUUCGAAAAGCUUGAGAAAUUGUGCUGCAUUUCCGGAGACGAAGAUAUUCUAGGAGACCUCUUGUUAGGGAACUUAGAACUACUAGAGUCCUUGAAGAAAAAUCAUCAGUCCUUGCCAAGCCCCAAGGAUGACCAGGAUCGCUCUGGGAUUUCAGACAGCAAGACAAGAGUCGAGCUGAGCAAGGAGGUUCACAGAAUCUCAGAAAUUCCCACGGACAAAUCGCAAAGCUCGGAAGAAAACGAGUUUCUACUGGAAAAGAAGGAAGGAGGGAACAUCUCACCUGCACUUUCACCAUCUCAAAUGAGCGAAGGUGCCAAAGGUCAGCGAUUGCUCUCACAAAUGCCCGCUACAAAUGGGCUAAUGAUGCAGGUUUGUGAAGAAAAACUGCAGUACUCCCUAAGCGAAAAUGUUCAAACCAACGUACUUUGGGGAUCUACCAUUACUGACAGCGUCAUUCUGCGCCCUUGGGCAGAAACCAGCGCCGGCACUGACAGUGACACUGCCAACGAAGAAGCCUCAAUGGGAGCCGAGAGUAAAGACGACGCACUCCUGUCUAGCCCAGAUUUGCCUAAAAGUAAAGAGGCUGGAGUGGAAAUGGGAACACAGAAAAUGACCGAGAAGGCUGAAGUCACACCUGAUCCACCUGCCGCUAACCAAGCCAUGAAAGCUAAACUGGCCCGCCUCUCCCUCUCUCUCCCCCCACUGCCUCUCUCGCUUCCUCUCUCUCCUGGUUCCAAAGGAUUCUGGGAAGGAGGGGAAAGCAGAAUCGCACGGAGACGGGGAUUCUCAACCGGAAGCGAUCCCGAAGAGGACGACGAAGAGGAAGAGCAGGCGGACGACGUCUCUAGGAAGGUCAUCGUUGUCACGGAGACCGACGUUCACAAGCGAGUAGGACUACGUAGCUUGCUGAAAUCGCCGAAGGAACCUGUCGACAAAGACAACCGAGACCACGGCAGGAACGUGUCCUUUUUUGAUGAUGUCACUGUCUAUCUCUUUGAUCAGGAAACACCAACCAACGAACUGAGUUCCGGCUCUACCCCUACAAGUCCAACUCCUCUCGGAAAGCCCGCCCAUUUUGAUGGACACGCAGGAGCGAGCGGGCACAAAGCCAGCAAGAACAAAGAGCAUGCAAAGUCGAAAUCAGCACUGAGCUCAUCAGCAACGUCAGCAUCAUCGCGCUUCACCGUCAGUCCCGCUGAUGACCCUCAUUUAGUCUGACACACUUUGAUGCACACACACGCACACACAUACACACACACACACGCGCCCUAAGGAAAUAUGUAGCGCUCUAGAGUGACGUUCGUCACCAAGAGGUUAUUUUUUUUAAUUCAGACUCCUGUUUUUUUUCGAGGCUGGAGAAAAAAAAUUUCAGGAACUUGUGUCUAAUCUGAAACGGAGUUCACGGCUAUGCAAUAGGAGUCUCGUUACGGUCGUACCAGCUUCAGUGCUCUAUUUUCAUGGCUUCAUUAAAGUAAAUUUGUAUUCUGUAUUCAGAA